AUGGAGCAAUCCGAGCCGUCGCACGUCCAGCCCACUCCUGAAGCGCCCGUCAACCCGGUCGCGAACGAUGGGAAAGAUGGACCUGUGGCAGCGACAGGCGGUGUCUCUGAAGAACAAUGGCGAGUGAUGAUGGAUGUUGUGAUGGCCAUCUAUGAGUAUCGAGAGGAGGACAACCAUGACCCUUCGAAACUGUUCCAGCGCAGCGUCAACAAGCGCAAUGUUCCUGAUUAUUACGAUAUCAUCAAGGAGCCGAUGGCCCUAAGUAUCCUGAAACAAAAGAUCAACAAGAGAGAGUACAAGCAAUUCGCUGAGUUUGUGCGAGACUGCGCUCUGAUCCCCCAUAAUGCGCAAACUUAUAACCGCCCCAAAUCUCAAGCAUAUGAAGAUGCACUUGUCAUCAAGGAUGUCUUUAUUGCAGAGUUCCAGAAGCUGGUGGCCAAAGGAAUCAUUUCCGCUGAAGAAGCCGAGCUUCCGGAUCUUGGCGAGAUCCCCGAGGCAGACCCUCUUCCGGAAGAGGAAGAAGAAGAGGAAGAAGAUGACGACGACGAAGACGAAGAGGAAGAUUCGGACGAUGAUGGUCGACGAAAGAAGAAGCGGGGCCCGCGAUCGGGAAGCAAGCGCGAGGGCAACAAAGAAGACAGCCAAAAGCCCAAUGACCCCGAAUUGAGAAAGAAGCGAGGCCGGCCACCGCGUGUCGAUACUCCAAUGGAGGCUAGGAUUAAGGCGGUUUUGAAGGGCAUUCGAAAAUUGAAAGGACCGGGGGGGCUAAAAGUCGGACACUUUGAGCGCCUGCCUGACAAGGGUACCUACCCGGACUACUACGUGGAAACAAAAGAGCCCAUUGCCAUCGACAUCAUCAAGCGGAAAUCAAAACGGAAGAAGUACAGCUCGGUUGACCACUUCAUGAGGGAUAUGGACCUCAUGUUCAACAAUGCGAAGGCUUACAACCAGCCCGAAAGUCAAAUAUACAAAGAUGCUGUUGAUUUGCAAGUGGAGGCGCGAAAGCUUGCCGAGAUUGAGAAGAAGAAGCCGGACAGUGAAUACCUCAUGGAAGACGGGCGACUACCCUUGCCCGACGGUAUCCUUUACAAAAACGAGCUUUGGAAGGUCGGUGACUGGGUUCACAUCCAAAACCCCAAUGAUGUGACUAAACCCAUUGUUGCACAAAUAUAUCGCACUUGGCAAGAUGGCGAUGGUGACAAAUGGAUCAAUGCCUGUUGGUAUUAUCGCCCAGAGCAGACUGUCCAUCAUUUUGAAAAACACUUCUACCCAAAUGAGGUGGUUAAGACCGGCCAAUACCGAGACCACCGAAUCGAGGAGAUAGUAGAUCGGUGCUUUGUGAUGUUUUUCACUCGCUACAAUCGCGGGCGACCCAGAGGCCUUCCACUUGAUAAGGAUGUAUAUGUCUGCGAAGCUCGGUACAACGAAGAGAAACACAAGCUGAAUAAAAUCAAGACAUGGGCUAGCUGUCUCCCAGAUGAGGUCAGAGAGAAAGAUUACGAGAUGGAUCUCUUCGAUGUCCCUCGCAGAAUCAAAAAGAUUCCCAGUCCCAUCAAGCAUCUGCUCAAAAAAGAGGCCAAGGAAACGGAUGAUCUUCCAAAGCCCACCUGGGGAGCUGACAAUGCGCCUCCGGCAGUUGGCGCCGUCCAUCGUCGCCCGCGGGAUGAAAAUGAAUCUCCACCCCCAGAGCCAUCGCCUUCCCCGCCCCCAAUGCCUCGACAAUCAUUGCCGUCUGCCCCCAUUCGACAACCGCCGACUAACCAACCAUCUGCGCGACCAAGUAUAGAAAGCCAAGGCCCAAGUGCUAUAGCGGCGGCUCCCCCGCCAGCGCGAUCCCCGGCCGUGCCUGUCGCGCCGGUACAGCAUUCCCCGGCAACCAUCGCUCCAGUGACUUUUCAAACACCCCAAGUGCCAUCAGGCCAGCCGUACCAGCCCGCCUUGCAGAGACGCCCCAGCAGUCUUGCACCGCAGCCUUCACAUCCGGUCCCAUAUCAGGCAUCUGCAGUGUCGUAUCCGUAUGCUUCUGCACAACCGUCGCCAUACGCACCCUACCAAGCCAAUCGCAUGACAAUGCCGGGCGCAUCGAUGUAUAACCCCAAUGCUCCUCGCCCAAUCGAGGUAUUCCAUCUAAGUGAUGCCGCAAACACGGCGAUCCCGGAAGAUAUUCGGGGGCAAUUCCACUGCGACGACCAGGGCCGGGUGCUUUUCUUCUCUUCUCCUCCACUGGACAUCAUCCCAUCGACUCAACAAAGACUCGGUCACUCACUCAAGUAUCUGGCCGCCAAAGAAGAGCGGCGGAAAUUUGUCGAGCAAAAGAAGCGCAAGGAACGCACGGAGCAGGAAGAGCUCGAGCAGCGGACCAAGCGCCAACGAGCCGACGAGGAGACGGCUCUUGCGGCCAAAAUAGAAGAUCUGACUGCCCGAGCAGUCAACACCAUGACGAGUCAGAUGAUGUCCGGCACGGACACUCUCUAUGAAAUCCUGUAUGCUGAUCAGGCAGAGAAGGCAAAGUCGGCCGCGAACCAGUCUCGCGAGCAGAAGGUCCUUGCCGAUAAAGCUUCCCGGAAAAGAACGGCUCAGAUCUUAGCGCAGUCGGAGGAAGCUAGCUUCGUGAGUCUGAAAGGGAGUGUCAUGUACAUGCAGGGCAUUGAUACUGGAACCUAAUCGAGCCAGUCUGCUUGCUGCCUGUUCGAAAACGGCACGCUUGAUCGAUCUGACAUCGAUCUUUUGGGUGGGAAAUGAUCAGAUCAGAUCAGGGCAGGAUCAGGUUCGUUCUUGUUUAGAUUAGCGUAGGCUUAAACUAAUGUAUGGGAUGCCUUUAUCGUUCA